AUGGCCCAGUUCGCCCUCUCCCUCCUCACGGCAUUAGUUGCCCUCACCUCGGUGGCCCAAGCCCAGUGCGGCUCCGGCUCGCCUCAUGCCACGGUAACCGGCUCAGGCACCUUCACGGCCAACCGCGGCUCGACGCGGGUGUACUCGGGCUCCGACUACCGCGCUGCCAUCCAAGCCGCCCUGGAUUCCAUCAGCACCGGUCAGCGGGUGGCCGUCAUGGCGUCCGGGUCGAUCGGCGCCAACACCAUCACCAUCACCAGUGGCAAGAUCUUUGAAGGGUGCGGCACCAUCAAUGUCGCCAGCCGUUCCGGCCGGGGCGCCAUCGAGGUCACCAACGCCAACGACGUGCAGAUCCCCUACCUCACCAUGACGGGCUCUCCCUACUUUGGCCUGCGUUUUUCGGGCACCCGCAACCUCAGCCUGGGCAAGAUUACCUUGAAUCUGAGCGGCGGAUUGGGCAUCCGCUUCGACCGUGACCGGGCCGCCAACUACAAUGUCAAGAUGGACGACAUCCGCGUCACGGGCGCCGGCAGUCACGCCGUCGAGACGUGGAACAUUGACGGCCUGACCAUCAACCAGGUCAUCGCGCGGAACGUGGGCGAGUGCGGGCUGCUGCUGCAAAAGACAACCAACGCGCGCGUCGGCCUGGUCGACGCCAACAACGCCGGCGCCGGCACGGGCUACGCCACGCUGCGGUUUGCAAACGAAAACGGGCGGCUCUCCAACGGCAGGUACGACACCAACGUCUACAUCGACAAGGUGGUCUCGCGCGGCGGCGGCCGCGGCAUCUUUUGUGUGUCGCAGUCGGGCGGCGCCGUCAUCAACAACGUGGACCUGGCCAACAACGGCAACAACGCGGUGCUCAUCGAGAACUGCUACAACGUCUCGAUCCGUGGCGGCACCGUCAACGGCGGCGGCGAGGUCCGUCUCGCGGCGCGUUCCGAGUUCCCCAACAACAGGGACAUCUGGAUCACGCUCCGGGUCGAUGGCACGUCGGUGCGAGAGUCGCCCUGCGGCGAGAACACCAACUGGUCUCUGUCGGGCAACGGCGCGAGGAACAUUUGCUAG